CACGUGCCCUGUAUAAAAGCGGAAGGCGGCAGUGAGGACUGCGCACACAGACUCAAGAAGCAUCAAGCGGAAGGUAACUCAAUCCCCAUAAAGCAGCAGCCAUGUCAGACCUCUGUGUUGGAAUCAACGGUUUCGGUCGCAUUGGCCGUCUGGUCCUGAGGGCUUGCCUCCAGAAAGGCAUCAAGGUUGUUGCAGUGAAUGAUCCCUUCAUUGACUUGAAAUACAUGGUCUACAUGUUCAAGUAUGACUCCACCCACGGCCGUUACCCUGGAGAGGUCUCCCAUGACGGGGGCAAGCUCAUCGUCGACGAACACGAAAUCUCCGUGUUCCAGUGUAUGAAGCCAGCGGAGAUCCCCUGGGGCAGCGCUGGAGCCAAGUACGUUGUGGAGUCCACCGGCGUCUUCCUCAGCGUGGAGAAGGCCUCCUCUCACAUCCAGGGCGGAGCAAAGCGUGUGGUGGUCUCUGCCCCCUCACCCGAUGCUCCAAUGUUUGUCAUGGGAGUUAACGAGGACAAAUACGACCCCUCCACCAUGACCAUUGUCAGCAUGCUUUCUGCUACCACCAACUGCCUGGCCCCCCUGGCUAAAGUCAUCCAUGAUAACUUUGGCAUUGAUGAGGCGCUCAUGACUACUGUCCACGCCUACACUGCCACCCAGAAGACCGUGGACGGUCCCAGCGCCAAGGCCUGGCGUGAUGGCCGCACUGCCGCGCAGAACAUCAUUCCAGCGUCCACUGGUGCCGCCAAGGCAGUGGGCAAAGUCAUUCCUGAGCUCAACGGUAAGCUGACCGGCAUGGCGUUCAGAGUGCCAGUGCCCGAUGUGUCGGUGGUGGACCUGACCUGCCGUCUGACCAAGCCUGCGUCUUACGCUGAAAUUAAGGAAGCAGUCAAGAAGGCUGCACAUGGGCCCAUGAAGGGAGUGCUGGGUUACACAGAGGACCAGGUGGUGUCCUCUGACUUCAUCGGUGACACCCACUCCUCCAUCUUUGAUGCUUGUGCCGGCAUCUCUCUCAACGACAACUUCGUCAAGCUCAUUUCCUGGUAUGAUAAUGAGUUUGGCUACAGCCACCGUGUGGCUGACCUGCUGCUGUACAUGCACUCCAAGGAGUAGGCGCUUCCUGUUUAAAAAGGAAGCCAGAAAGGGACCACCCCAACUCUUCCCCCCCCCCCCCCCAACCCCCCAACCCCACACUCCCUGCUCUUUUACACGGAGGCGCCACCCAUAGCAAAGUCAUAGCAUCACAGACCUUCGCUCUACUACAGUAAACGUAGGCAGCAUAUGUGUUGAGUGUUCUGAGUUGAUCUGUCUUUUCCUUUAAUGACAAACCGUUGGUGACAGUAUUUGUGUCUGUGUGCCCCCUUGCCACUUUAGAUGUGUCCUUAUGCUCAGUGCUAUGGUAACUACUGUAUUCAUCCCCCUGUUGUUUUAGUUAAAGGCUUAAUCACCAGUGGAUAGAGUUGAGCGGCAGAACUACUGUAACUCUGCGUGAAAGUAAUAAAACCUAAGAAAUAAAUUUGAGAACCUCAAA